AGCGAAUUGAGAAUGGUGACUGUGUUUCGAUACCUUCCAAUAAUGUUUCGGACAACGACAGCGACUUGGAAGACGAUACGGUCGAAUUACUGGAAGAGGAGGAUGACAAUGCAGAAUUGAGCUUUCAUUCAGAUGAGGAUGAAUGGAACAUGAGUGACAAUUUGCCAUUACAGACAUUGGUCCAGAUGCAUAGGUCUCAAAAUAUAAUAGAAUGGGGCAAUCUCCAGACUAGUGUAUUCCCACCAGAACCAUUUAUUGCCGAUACCGGUCUACCACAAUUCAUUAGAGAUCGUGAAAGCCUGAAUCCUUAUGAAGCUUUCAAUCUAUUGAUCACUGAUGAUAUUUUGAAUCAUAUGCUUUUUCAAACCAAUCUAUAUGCGGAGCAGCAGUACCAAGUGUCUGCAAAACCUUAUAAAAAGGCAGAAAUGGAUGAAAUAAAAACUUUUUUGGGAAUUAAUAUUCUGAUGGGCCAAAAAAAAUAUCCCAGCUACAGAGAUCACUGGUCUACAUCUCCGGAUCUUCACGAUCCGUAUAUUAGCCAAGUGAUGACCUUACAUAGAUUUGGAUGGUUUCUCACAAAUUUUCAUCUGAACGAUAAUAGCGUAAUUCCAGAACGCAGCAGUAUUAACUAUGACAAAUUGUAUAAGUUGAGACCGUUUCUGGAUUCCUUAAAAAAUAAUUUUCAAUUGUGCCUUCAACCCCAUGAAAACAUAGCCGUAGAUGAGUCUAUGAUAUAA